CUCAGAUUCCUCGCUGCACAUCACAUAAUCAGGAAUCAAGAAGCUCAUCACCAACUCCAACAUGAUCUUGUUGAUCACUGUGGCAAAUUCAUAGUUCUUGAAUGUAGUGUUUUUAUCAUGCUUUAUUUGGAUUAUUAAUUCAUUUGGACCCUAUGUUGUGUUUGAUGUUGAAUAUUUAAAUGUGAAAGCAACGAACUUGAAAUGCUGGUGAAAUAUGUGCAGUGGAAAUACUCAUGUCAAGCUUUGAAUUAAUAUAUUGAGCAAGUAUAGUUGAAACUGGGUUUGUACAUACAUAAAAAAAGAGAGGAAGAAGUAGCAACGAAAGAAAAAACAGAGGGAAAUAAGUUUUAGACGAGGGUCGACUUGAAAAUAAUUUAGACCCUCAAAAUGUUUAAAGUUACACCUACAGCUGUACUAGUAAGUUUUAGAAGGAGGAUGCAGAAAUUAAGUUUUAUGAAAGGGCUAGAAAUGCUUAAGCUGGUCUCCGCGGGCGGCGAGCCGGCGACGACGACGCGGAUUCUCCGGCUGGCUCCCACGGACCCUCACCGCGAAACACUUCCCCCCGCGAGACGCGACGGCGUGGCUGCUGCUACGGCUGCUCCUCCUCCUUUCCUUGCCCCAGCCAAUCUCCUCGCGCUGCCUGCCGCCUUCCGCCGGAAAUCAAAUUCCGGCGAUAUCCGUCCCGAUCUCUGGUCGGAUCUGCUUCACCUACGAGCGAGGAGGCCUCGGUUGGCGUUCUAUAAGUAGGAGUAUCAUACAGGAGCCUACCUGCGUGCCCUCUGUCGCUCCGUGUCUCGUAUUACUGCAUCUACGGGAGAGAUCAUCCAGCACAGGGGAGAGGGAAAUUGGGGAAACUUACAGCAGAGCUCUGUUUCUUCAUGGGUAGCAGCAUAACCCGGUGUUUGGCCUUGUCGGGUGUGCUGACAACGUAUGGACAGAGGCUUGCCGAAUUCCUCGCCGUUCACCGUCUGCUACCCAGCGAACCCCAGAUCCUGGAGCGGCCGACACCGCCGGAGCUGCCGGAGGACAUCCUCAUGUGCAUAUUCGCCAGCCUUGAGACCCCCGACCUCGUCCGGGCAGGCUCCGUCUGCUCAUCAUGGCGUUCCGCCUGCGCCAGGCUCUGCAAUCUUGGGCUUUUCAGGCAGACACAGACACCAUGCCUCCUAUACACCUCUGAAUCUGCCGGUGAGAGUGUCGCAGGCCUCUUCAGCCUCGUGGAGAACAAAUCCUACACACUAGCCCUUCCAGACCCACCAAUUCGCACCAGGUAUGUGAUCGGCUCCAGCCAUGGUUGGAUCAUCACCGCCGAUGAUAGGUCCGAGCUGCACCUCCUCAACCCCAUCACCGGUGACCAGAUCGCCCUGCCUUCCGUCGCCACCAUUGAGCAGGUGAAGCCCAUCUUUGAUGAUGCCGGCGCUCUUCACAAGUAUCAGUACUCAUGGUACACCGGCACUCCACUCUUAGUCGACUACGACUUCCCUACGCCAUCGGUCUUUUCGCUUGGCGAGCUGCGGGACUACCUCUUCGGGAAGGCAUUUUUGUCAUCUGAUCCAUCCACUGGAGAUUAUUAUGUGGUACUCAAGCAUAAUCCAGAGUCACAGCUUUCAUUUGCAAGAGCAGGGGAUGAUAGAUGGACUUGGUUGCCACCCCAUGUUGAUUAUGCAGAUUGUGUCUUUAAGGAUAGCCUGCUCUUUGCAUUGGAUUCACACGGAGAAGUCCGUACGUUUGAUCUCAGUGCGCUUGUAGUAACACAAACGAUCGUUCUGGGGAGAAUGAAGUCUUGCAUCGUGGAGUGCAACUAUAUGUACAUUGCUCAAGCUCCAUGCGGUGAUUUGUUGGAAGUUUGGAGGUCAAGAAACUCUUUGGGUUGGGAGGAUGAGGAUGUUUCAGAACAGGGGCUUGAGGAUGGGGAGGAUGAGCACAUUUCAGAACACAAGCUUGAGGAUGCGACGGAUGGGUCGGGGCUGGAACCUGAGGAUGCCGAUGUUUCGGAACCUGAGUCAGGCUCUGAUUCUCAUGUGAUCUUCACUGACAAGUUUGACGUAUUUAAAGUGGAUUUUGCUGCAACAAAGCUUGAAGACAUUACUAGCUCAUGUGACAGUGUGAUGUUUCUUGGGCAUAAUCAAUCACUUUGUUUGAGUGCCGAUGAAUAUCCACAGUUAAAGUCCAAUCAUGUCUAUUUUACUGAUGAUGAUGGCUAUUAUCAUUUUGGAAGCAUGAAGAGUGAGCGUGAUAUUGGAGUCCUCAACCUUGGAAACUGCACUGUUGAAAGAAUUGUAUCACCUCAGCUUUGGUCCAACUGGCCAGCCCCUGUGUGGUUUAUACCAAAUCCCCGGAAGAUAAAUUUGGCAUCACACGAUUAGCCACAAGAUGCUUCAUUUAUACUGAUAUCAAUCUUUGUACCUUGUUGUAUGUCGUUCCAAUAAAUUUCUAUGAAGAAAUAAUAAUAAAUAA